GUAAAAUCCAACAUGGCCGCGACGUGAAGGCUGAAAGCUCACAGUAACACGCCUCUAACGACUAAUAUUAUAAAACAGCAGUGUUGUUGCUAUUCAUUUAUGCUAAGUGCGUGGCAGCGAUGUGGUUGUCACUUCACGCAGCGUGUUUAAGAUGCCAGAGAGUUUGUAGAAGAAGCUUCGCCGCUUCUCUGUUCAAAUGUUCAAGACUCAGUGAUGCUAACGUCUCCCACUUCAGUCAUUCAGCGGGACGCCCUGCACCAACGUGCAAGGCACUUCUGUACAGACACCAUGGAGACCCUUCCCGAGUCGUUCAGUUGGAGGAUAUAGACCUGCCCCCUAUAGGUGCCAAAGAUGUCAUGGUUAAAGUGCUUGCAGCCCCAAUCAACCCAGCUGACAUAAACAUGAUUCAAGGUACUUAUGCUAUCCUGCCUGAUCUCCCAGCUGUUGGUGGAAAUGAGGGCGUGGCCCAGGUCGUGGAGGUGGGAAGCCAGGUGAAGUCCCUCAAAGCAGGAGACUGGGUCAUCCAAAGAGAUGCUGGCCUUGCAGGAACAUGGAGAACGGCAGCAGUGCUAUCUGAGGACAACCUAAUCUCACUGCCCAAUGACAUUCCCCUGCUGUCUGCUGCCACGCUGGCAGUGAAUCCCUGCACUGCCUUUAGGAUGCUCUCUGACUUUGAAGAUCUCAAGCCAGGUGAUACUGUGAUCCAGAAUUCAGCCAACAGUGGAGUUGGACAGGCUGUCAUACAAAUUGCUGCUGCAAGAGGAAUAAACACUAUCAACGUUAUCCGAGACAGACCAGAGUUCACACAGCUCUGCAAUAGGCUGAAGGCCAUUGGAGCCACUCACGUGAUCAAAGAAGAGGCCCUGAGGCGACCUGAAAUUAAGGAACUGUUCAAGACUUGUCCAAAACCUAAACUGGCAUUAAAUGGAGUUGGUGGCAAGAGUGCAACAGAACUGCUCCGUCAUCUACAGGUUGGAGGUUCUAUGGUGACAUACGGUGGGAUGUCAAAACAGCCAGUUACAGUUCCUGUGAGUGCUCUCAUUUUCAAGGAUGUGAAGGUCCGAGGAUUUUGGGUCACACAGUGGAAGAGAAAUAACUCGCAUGGAGCAUUUAAGGCCAUGCUGGAUGAACUGUGCUCCCUCAUCCAGAAGGGAAAGUUGGCCGCCCCUGCCUGCACCGAGGUCGGUUUCCAAGAGUAUCUAAAGGCUCUGGAUGCAUCUAUGCAGCCGUUUACUUCGGCUAAACAGGUGCUGAUCAUGUCAACUGACUGAGCUCAUCAACCAUUACAUUGCCAUGGUCACGGUGUAAGAACAGAAGUGCAACCUCGGGGCUGACAGAUUUGCAACAAUGUGUCAACACUUUUAAAACACAUACUCAACAAAUGUAUUAUCAAAUCAGGCUCAAAGUUCAGUAUCUGUCCUGACAUUGUAGGCGUUUACGGGCAGUAAUGUUAAUCUUAUUAAGUCUCUGUAAAGUUAUAAAAGCCAUCAUAGGACACACAUUAUAUGAUCUUAUCUGUUAUGUUUUGCAACAGGUAUCUUUCCCUCUAAGUUAAAUGAACCCAGUAAUGAAGAAGUGACAGCAAUAAUAUUGACUGAAACACAUUUAUUGUUGUGGAACCACUGAUGUCAACAACACUUCAGCUAAUAAAACAGUCCUAAUUACACGAGGUGGUGAUCUCUGGAUAAAUAAAUACUGUAAAGUCUGACAGUUUCAAAAGUCUGGAUAUGUAUUAGAAAGUCACAGUUACAAGUAGAAUACAACAAUACAAAUUUUUCAACGAGCUGUAAGUGAAGUGUUCAACCAGUGCCAAUAAACUGCGGUCACCAAAGAUUACUGAAGCCAAA